AUGGUUAGUGCUUAUAUCAUUGCUUACUGUUCGUCUGGCUUCGACUUCUCGGACAUUACUAACUGGAGGCGUGACAAUCUGAGAUUCCUACGCGCGCCUCACAUCGUUCAGGUCUUUGAUUUCUCUUUUGAGGAUGACAGGGAGGAUGACGGAGAAGAAGAGGGAGAUGAAGAAGGAGAUGAAGGCAAUUCGCCGUUACCGCCGUCGUCCAAGCGAUCAAAAACCGAGCAAGGAAAAUUCGAGCGAACAGAAACGGAGCGAACACAAGCUGAAGUACGAAAGGAAACUCGUGCUACCCGAGCAGGGCAAAAGGCCGCGUCUAUUGCGAGGAAGGCGGGUAUAGCAGAUCACCCUCAAGUUGAUGAUGGCGGGUACAUGAUGCCCGAGAAACCAGGUGUGUCGCCCGGAACCGGUAUGUUUCACUUUGACAUUGAUCCUCAAAACGGUAGGCUUCACUUGACCAAAGGCAAGGUCGCCUCAACUCAUCCGCAGUUCGAAAUAAUGACCGACCGACACGACAGGACGCCCAUAUUAAAGCUGAUUGACUUUGGGCUUGCCCCUUACUCUUGUCGUUCAUGCAGGGAAAACCUAUGGCUGGGUCGCAAAAAUGGUAAAACAGGUUACUUUCUCCCAGAACAAUUCACCAGGGAAUGGGAAGCUGUUGUGGAUCCACCCGAUGCCCAAAACGCGCGGGUAGCCGGGCAAUAUAGCUGGAAGUCCAAUCUCUGGCAGUUUGGCAUGGUGACCAUAACUCUUCGAUUUAAUUCAAGACGUACCAUCCACGCCCUGGGGCGCGCAAACUUGAUAUGCGGAAACGACUUGCCGCUAGAACAACAGAGAUACCAGGAUUUCCCAACUUACGGCUACCACUUUCUCGACCAGCAAUACGAUCAUGUGUCCCUCCGUCUCCGCCACCUGGUCGCCCGCUGUCUGUGUGAGGUUCCCGAUGAUAAGCCAAGUUUCGAGGAGCUUCACGUCGAGAUCUAG